AUGGCCAAGGAGAGGCCCAAAGAAAGCAGCUGCAGCGUCCUCGGCCGGAUUUUGAGGGACUUCUGCAGUUGCUCCGAGAACGCCGCGUGGUCCCCCGACAUGACCGCGGACAAGAAGGGCCCCUUCCUCAAGAGCGAACUCACCAACAUGUCCGCCAUGCGCCGGCGCAUCAUGACCAUCGCGAAACGCAAGAGAAACGUCACGGAGCAGCCAAAGAGCGAGAAGACGGAGACGCUGACAUCGGACUUGAUAAACACGACGAUCAGUUCGCAAAACAGUACCAUGCGGAGGAACAUCGACAACUUCUUGAUAUCGCGACGAAUGGUCGCGCUGGACGAAGACUUGUAUGAGAAGCCCAUCCCGGCCCAGAACUCCACGUACGGAGAGAAUUGGUCGCUGAGUAAGUCGUGGAAGAACAAUAACGUGGACUUUUUUCGCUCCACAACCGUCGCAGAUAGGACUUUGGAACGCAUCGACGAAGUGCCGAAGCGGAAGAGGCGGAGUCGCAGGACCAAAGAGCAGCUGCGCUACGACAGGAACAUAAAGCGGCACAUUCGCAUCCGCGUGAUGCUGUCUCUGAGGAUGCGAAGAUACAUCAGGAGGAGGUACCGCAACGCGUUGCAGAACGUGUCGGUGCCGCCGCGCCGCUUUCCGCGAGGAGCGUCCGUCACUUCGAGCUUCGGGACGAGGUCCUACCGGAGCGUCAUGACGGACAAGACCAACGACGGCACCGUUCUCUUCGACGUGCACGAAGCCAGGAACACGACUAUGGACCUCUGCCACAACUACGAGGAAGACCUCGACACUUUGGAUGUAGCGUUACGCGCCGGAAAUUUUAGGAGCGGUCGACUAGCUGUGGAGGGUUGGUGGUGCGGACGCGCAAUGCCAGGCGGCCGGGCCAACAACGGCGCGCUGGCCCUGCACUACGCCGCCGCGAGGGGCUGCCUCGACUGCGUUCGCCUCCUCGCCAACACUACGCCAGAUGUGUCGUGA